GGGUGACGCAAUGAGCAGCGAAUGCUUCCCUUCUUGCGGGUAGGCAUAUGUCAGCGCGCGCGUCACCCGCCACGAGUUCCGGGGGCGCCUUGGAUACGGCGGCCGAGACUGCCGCGGCUACCGACGGCUAUAAAUCGCCUCAGGGUCCCGGCACCGGCCAUGGUGGCGAGGAUGGCGACGGACGGCGGAGCUGAGAACCCAGCCCGUGAUCCGGCUUCCAACCCCAAGGUGGUCAUGAUUCGAGGACUCGUGAACGACGAUGCAACAGAUGGCUGGGAAAAAUGCUGGGAGGAAGGACUGACCCCAUGGGAUUUGGGACAGGCAACACCUGCAGUUUUGCAACUUGUUAGAACUGGGUCUCUUCCAAGAGGCAGGGUUCUUGUUCCUGGAUGUGGCAGUGGGUAUGAUGUGGUUGCUAUUGCUGGCCCUGAGCGCUAUGUUGUAGGCUUGGAUAUAUCAACUAGUGCUGUUGAGAAAGCAAAAGAGUUGUCUUCCUCUUUACCAAAUGCAAACCAGUUCACCUUCAUGGCAGCAGAUUUCUUCACUUGGCAGCCAACAGAGAAGUUUGAUCUUAUCUUUGAUUAUACAUUCUUUUGUGCAAUUGACCCAUGCUUGAGGCCAGCCUGGGCACAGAAAAUUCAAGAGAUUUUAAAACCUGACGGAGAGCUUAUAACACUGAUAUAUCUGAUCAGUGGCCAGGAAGGAGGACCGCCAUACAACACAACUGUAGCUGACUAUGAGCAGGUACUGAAUCCUGUGGGUUUCAAAGCACUCUCAAUUGAAGACAAUGAGCUAGCAGUCAAGCCACGCAAGGGAAAUGAGAAGCUUGGGAGGUGGAAGCGGCUUUUAAACAAAUCAUUGUUAUAACAAGGCAUUAUUGGGAGACCUCAGUGCACGAUAACUGGACAUUGAUUGUUUUCCUCCUCAUACCAUUCUUGGCACAACUGUUCCUGGUUUUAUUAGCCUAGUAUACACAAAAAAAAUGAAUGCGAAAGAUCAUCUUUAAGUUUCAAUUUCAUGUUGUGGAGCUUGUUAUCACUUUGGAGCACAAGUUGGUAGAGAAUGAAUCCUUCUCAUGCUGUGUCACCUGCAA